AUGAUAUCUGAUUCCCAAAUAGCACUAUCCUUAGCCAUGGCCAGACGGUGGCUCCGCUGUGACUUCAAAGGAUGCGCUGGAAGGUUUAAGAGCUACCGCGGUUGCACUCACCAUGUUUGCAGCAAGCAUUAUAAUGGCAACACAGUUCAACGUGGCUCCCCGCUACCGCCAGAUGCUAUUGCCAGUGGAAGUAGUGUGCAUUCGGACCACAACAGUGACACUUCAGAUUUGGAUAAUCCAAGUCAAGCAAGCCACAGUGUAUGUUACAACAAUGAGGGGGAUGUACCUUGGGCCGAGCCUAAGACCAAGAAGACAUCCCACCUGCAACUUACAGGCACUCCAUGCCACCAUGACAGCGAUCAGCUAGAACCGGAUUCUCCCCCACCUCCGAGAGACAAACCUAGCAACAAUGAUUGGUCACCUUUCGAUUAUAGCAUGCAAUUCCAGAUUGCCGACCUUCUCUUUCACAAAGACGAGAUGUCGACUUCCAAUCUCAACGAGUUAUUCACUCUCUUGGGACUCAACCCACCGCCACCAGCCACUUCUGACUCUGAAGACUCAGCCAGUGACAUGGGCAUAAACCCCAAGGCCAGUGCUCCCUUUAAGGACCACGAUGACAUGUAUAACACCAUUGAUGCCUUGAAGCUUGGUGACACUCCGUGGCAAUGUCUGAAAGUCAACCCUUGUGGUACGGCUGAAGAACCACUAUGGAAACAGAAGAUCUACAAAGUUUGGUUCCGAGACCCGGACAUCGUACUGCAAAACAUGCUCGAUAACCCUGAUUUUGAUGGCAAAUUCGACUAUAGUCCUUACGUUGAAGUCGAUGACAAGAAUAACAGACGCUGGGGUGAUGCCAUGUCUGCUAAUUAUGCAUGGCGUCAUGCAACAGAGAUCUAUAACGAAAACCCUGAGCAAAAUGAGCACACCAUGUACUGUCCUAUUAUCCUUGGAAGUGACAAGACCACGGUAUCUGUUGCUACUGGACAAGUUGAGUACCAUCCAUUGUACCUCUCUAUUGGGAACAUUUGGGGCAGCACUCGUCGCGCGCACCGUCAAGGAGUUAUACCAAUUGCCUUUUUAGCCAUUCCGAAAGACUACCCAGAGCAAGUAAUGCUCGCAGCCAUUGUGCAAGGAUGGUGUCCACGAUGUACAGCACUGUGCACCGAACUGGAUAAUCCAACAUUUGCAGCAAGACAAGAGAAAGAGCAUACAAAUACAUUGAUUAGUACAUUCGAUCCAGGAAUCCUAUGGAACAAAUACGGAGUGGAUGAUGACAUCAUCCCAUUUACGAAUGAUUUUCCUCGAGCUGAUAUUCAUGAGAUGAUAUUGCCUGAUCUCCUCCAUCAAAUCAUCAAAGGUACCUUGAAGGAUCAUCUGGUAGCUUGGGUGGGAGAAUAUCUAGAACUUGAGCAUGGUCAAGCGGGGGCCAAAAGAAUUAUGGAUGAAAUUGAUCAUCGAAUAGCAGUGGCGCCAAGCUUCCCUGGCCUUUGUCUGUUUCCAGACAGUCGUCAGUUUAAACAAUGGACAGGCAAUGAUUCAAAGGCCUUGAUGAAAGUUUAUCUGCCUGCCCUUGUGGGGUUUGUUCCAUCUGAGAUUAUCAAGACGUUCCGAAACUUCCUGAAUUUCUGCUACCUUGUCCAACGACCAGUCUUUACGCCACAAACACUUGAACAUGUCAAUCAAGCUCUGGCAGUGUUUCACCAAUCUCGUGAGGUCUUCCAUGAUCUAGAAGUUCGUCCUGAUGGCUUCUCAUUGCCACAACAGCACUCGCUCAUCCAUUAUCCCCACCUCAUUCAAGAGUUCGGAGCACCAAAUGGAUUAUGCUCAUUGAUUACUGAAUCGCGGCACAUCACAGCAGUCAAGAAGCCUUGGAGGCGAUCCAGUCGCUGGAAUGCCCUUGGUCAGAUGUUAACCACGAAUCAAGGUUUGAACAAGCUUGUGGCAAUGCAAACUGACUUCGAGACCCGUGGGAUGCUGCCUAUUUCUCGUGACGCAGUGCCAAAGCCAGUCCCAUCUGAUCCACUAGAUGACUCGGCGGAAGGAUGCGCUCCCACAGAUGAUUUAGUCGAGGGCAAUGUUAUGCUUGCAAGGAUGAGAAUACGCAACUAUCCUCGCCAUAUGGAUCUUCUGGCUGAACACAUCAACAUUCCCAAACUUCAUGGACUCACACGGCGAUUCCUAUACAACCACUUGUAUCCCCAUGCGCACUAUUCCUCUAACGACAUCACCUUGGACGACUGCCCUGAGAUCCAUUCCAAAGUAUCUGUUUACCACUCUGCCGUCGCCACAUUCUUUGCACCAAGUGACAUGUCAGGUAUCCGGGGUAUGCGCUGUGAGCGUAUUCACUCUACUCCAGACUGGCGUGGCAGCGGAGAACAGAGGGACACUGCUUUUGUUGUGGAGGACCAGGAGCACCCAGGUUCUGAAGGCAUGGCCGUAGUCCGUGUUCUUCUAUUAUUUUCUUUCAAAUAUGAUGACAUGUUGAUUCCCUGCACUUUGGUCCGGUGGUUUAAACGAUACAGCCAACGUCCCAAUGCGAAUACCGGAAUGUGGAUAGUUCGACCGGAGACCACUGGCCAGAAUGACAUGCCUGUCCUAUUGGUUGUUCACUUGGAUAGCAUGCUUCGCCUUGCGCACCUUCUUCCUGUCUUUGGACCGGCAUAUCUACCCUCGCCGUUCUCUCAUAUGCACUCCCUUGAUGCUUUCAAGGCUUUCUAUAUCAAUAGAUACAUUGAUCACCAUGCAUUUGAGAUUUUAUUGUAG